UAAAUUAGAGGCCUGCGGCACGCCAACGUAUGGAUGUACUGCCAACACUUUGCUCAUCCGAACGGUUGACAAAUAACGGUAGCAACGUUAGUGGUUUUGACUGCAACAGCAACAGCUUGAACUUGGUCAACACAAAGAGUCUGGGUAUUAUUGGCACGACUGCGAGUUUAAUUGCAAUGGCUGGUGCUGGUACAGAUGGUAAUUAUACACUACCGCCGGACAAUCUGUUGGAUUUCGAAUUCGAUCCACUCGAGCGUGUUGUGUCCGCCAUAGUGCCGGCAUUCUUUGGCGUUAUUGGUGUUGCUGGCCUGCUGGGCAAUGCAUUGGUCAUAUUCGUUGUCGUGGCUAAUCAACAAAUGCGCUCCACCACCAACCUACUCAUCAUUAAUCUGGCCGUCUCUGACAUUCUGUUUGUCGUCUUUUGUGUGCCAUUCACCGCUGCGGAUUAUGUUCUGCCCACCUGGCCAUUUGGAAAUCUGUGGUGCAAGUUCGUACAGUACAUGAUUGUGGUGACCUGUCAUUGCAGCGUCUACACGUUGGUGUUGAUGUCAUUCGAUCGCUUUUUGGCUGUCGUUCACCCGGUGACGAGCAUGUCAUUGCGCACCGAACGCAAUGCGAUGCUCGCCAUCUUAUGUGCUUGGAUUCUCAUCCUCUCUUCGGCUAUUCCUGUGGCUUUGGCUCACUCGGUUCGUCUGUAUUAUUUUAAAGGACGCAGUUACACAGCUUGUGUUUUCUCCACCGAAGAGGAGGGGUGGAGUUUAAUCGGAUUUCAGAUCUCUUUCUUUAUGUCUUCAUAUGUGGCGCCUUUGACUUUAAUAUCCUUCCUAUACAUGGGUAUGUUGGCGCGUCUUUGGCGAGCCGCACCGGGUUGUAAGCCCUCCGAAGAGUCCAGGAAAGGUAAACGACGUGUAACCAGGAUGGUUGUUGUUGUAGUUUUGGCAUUCGCUAUAUGUUGGCUACCAAUACAUCUCAUACUCGUCAUGAAAGCGCUGACAUGGUACCCCGGCACACAUGCCUCUGUCAUUGUACAAAUUAUCUCACACGUCUUGGCAUACACGAACUCCUGCAUUAAUCCAAUAUUGUAUGCCUUCCUCUCUGACAACUUCCGCAAGGCCUUUAGGAAGGUUGUCGGCUGUGGCAAUCAACCGCUCUUCCCAAUGUCACAUCAAGCUACAAAGACGACACGCACCACCGGCAAUGUAACAUCAAAUGCCGAAAUGCUGUAAGCGAAAGCAACUCAUUUCCUCA